CUUCUUUCUUCUGGUGUCAGUAACAGGUGUUUUACCAUGAACAAUUCUACUCCAGCUACAGGUAUACACAGAAAGAUUUUUAUCACAGGGAAUCAUGAGAAGAAAUUUAAUGGAGACAGAGCGCCAUGCUCCCCUUCACGUGUCCUUCAUCUUCGUCAAAUUCCAAGUGAUGUUAAUGAAGCAGAAGUCAUUUCAUUAGGCGUCCCUUUUGGCAAAGUAACCAACCUCUUGAUGCUGAAACGAAAAAGUCAGGCAUUUUUGGAAAUGGCUUCUGAAGAAGCUGCUGUUACUAUGGUGAACUACUAUACUCCUGCUACACCUUACCUCCACGGUCAGCCUGUUUAUAUUCAGUAUUCCAAUUACAAAGAACUUAAGACUGACAAUCUACCUAAUCAGGCUAGAGCCCAAGCUGCAUUGCAAGCUGUGAAUGCUAUGCAGUCUGGAAGCCUGGCUAUUACAAAUGCUUUUGCUGAUGAAGGUGUGCUCCUUCCAGGUCAAGGUUCUGUUCUUCGAAUCAUUGUUGAAAAUCUUUUCUACCCUGUCACUUUAGAAGUGCUGUAUGAGGUUUUCUCUAAAUUUGGAUCUGUCCUGAAGAUUAUCAUCUUCACUAAGAACAAUCAAUUCCAAGCUUUGCUUCAGUAUGCUGAUCCAAUGAAUGCAUAUUAUGCCAAAAUGGCUUUGAACGGCCAAAGUAUCUACACUGGCUGCUGCACUCUGCAUAUUGAUUUCUCCAAGUUAACUAGCCUUACAGUAAAGUAUAACAAUGACAAAAGUAGAGAUUUCACUCGCCUUGACCUUCCUUUUGGUGAUUGCCAGCCAUCCCUGGAGCCAUCCAUAGCUGCUGCCUUUGGCACCCAACAUAUCAUCUUCCCAGCAUAUGCAGGGGCUGCUGGUUUUCCCCCAGCCAUGGGAUUUGCUCAAGGUGCUGGUCUUCCGGUUCCAGCUGUUCCUGGAGCACUUGGUUCUCUCAUAGUCACCACACCUGAAGCAUCUGGACAUAUGAUUAUUCCUGGUGUUCCUGAUGUUCCAGGAAAUUCUGUUUUACUAGUUAGCAACCUCAAUCCUGAAGCCAUCACACCACAUGGACUUUUCAUCCUAUUUGGUGUGUAUGGUGAUGUGCAUCGUGUGAAGAUCAUGUUUAAGAACAAAGAAAAUGCUUUGGUUCAGAUGGCAGAUGCAACCCAGGCUCAAUUAGCUAUCAGCCACUUGAAUGGACAGAGGGUUUAUGGAAGGGUCCUCCAUGCUACUUUUUCAAAACAUCAGGCGGUUCAACUUCCUCGUGAGGGACAAGAGGACCAUGGCCUGACAAAGGACUAUACCAACAGCCCUCUACAUCGCUUUAAGAAGCCUGGCUCUAAGAACUUCCAAAAUAUCUUUCCUCCAUCUGCCACCCUGCAUCUUUCCAACAUCCCGCCUUCUGUUACUGUUGAUGAUCUGAAGAACCUUUUUGAAAGUACUGGAUCUACUGUGAAAGCCUUCAAAUUCUUCCAGAAAGAUUGCAAAAUGGCUCUUAUCCAGCUGGGCUCUGUGGAAGAAGCAGUUCACGCUCUCAUUGAGCUUCACAAUCAUGACCUUGGAGAAAACCAUCACCUCCGAGUUUCCUUCUCAAAAGCUACAAUCUGA